AUGCCUGUAAAUGGUAGAAACCUAAGCGGAAGCAAGAAGGUUGGAAAGCUGCAGAUCGCGAUUGACCGCGGCGGAACUUUUACUGAUUGUCUCGGCCACAUUCCGAACCGGCCUCCGUCCGAAGGGCCCGAGGACAUUGUCGUCAAGAUCCUCUCCCAUGAUCCCGAGAACUACAAAGAUGCACCUAGAGAAGGCGUCAGGCGUAUCCUGGAGAUCGCAACGGGGCACAAAAUCAGCAGAGAUGAGAGAAUCGAAACGGGCGGGAUUGACUACAUCCGUCUCAGCACAACCGUGGCGACGAACGCCCUGCUGGAGCGGAAAGGCGAGAAGCACGCUCUGAUCACAACGAAAGGGUUCAAAGACAUUGUACAGAUCGGCAACCAAUCGCGACCGCGCAUCUUCGACCUGGCGAUUCGGAAACCCGAAGUGCUCUACUCUGCGGUCGUAGAAGUCGACGAACGCGUCACGCUUGUUGGGUAUACAUCUGAUCCGAAGUAUCGCGAGCACAGAGUUGAAUUUGGUGACUCCAGCAACUGCGGCAGUACAGAUGCCGACAGAGAUAGCCAAAACAGUGCUCGUCAGUACAACACGUGCAUCACGCGACCUUAUGCAGCGCCAGAUGGCCCGCCGUCGAUACCAGUCUGGGAUCCCUCUGGCCAAAGACCGUCUUACGUCGCGCCGCGGAUCGUGGAGGGCGUCUCGGGCGAGGCAGUAGCCAUCCUCAAAGAGCCAGAGGUUGACGCGCUCCGGAAGGAUUUGCAGCUGCUUUACGACGAUGGCUAUCGCAGCGCGGCAGUGGUGCUGAUACACAGCUUCACAUACCCCCGGCAUGAGGAGAUCGUCGAGCGCGUAGCCAAAGAAAUCGGUUUCAAGCACGUGUCGGUUAGUAGCAGGUUGAUGCCCAUGAUCAAGAUGGUCCCCCGUGGCACGUCGAGCACUGCAGAUGCAUACUUGACUCCGGUCUUGCAGGCCUACAUCGACUCCUUCUUUGACGGCUUUGAAGAAUCGCUACGUAAUGGAAAGGCAGGCACCCGCGUUGAGUUCAUGAUGAGCGACGGUGGAUUGGCCUCCGUAGAUCAUUUCUCAGGCCUCAAGUCCAUCAUCUCCGGUCCAGCAGGAGGCGUGGUUGGCAUGGCUCUGACAUCGUACGAUGCAAAAGCAGAUGGGAGACCCGUUAUUGGGCUGGACAUGGGUGGCACUUCGACGGAUGUCUCCCGCUACGCAGGUAGAUACGAACAGACACUUGAGACUACGAUGGCAGGAGUGACAAUUGAGAGCCCACAGCUGGACGUCAACACUGUCGCAUCGGGCGGGUCUUCCCGUCUCUUCUUCCGCAAUGGCCUCUUCACUGUGGGACCGGAGUCAGCCUCUGCACACCCGGGCCCCACGUGCUACCGAAAAGGCGGCCCACUGACCAUCACCGACGCCAACCUCGUCACGGGUCGCCUCGCCGUUGAGAUGUUCCCGCGCAUCUUUGGGCCGAACGAGGACCAAGGCUUGGAUGAGGGGGCUAGCAAGAAGGGAUUCGAGCAGCUCACGAAGGAAAUCAACCAAGAGACAGGCAAGGGGAUGAGUGUAGAUGAGGUCGCUCAGGGGUUCAUACGAAUCGCCAACGAGACCAUGUGCCGACCCAUUCGAGCCCUGACUGAAGCACGAGGCUACUCCGCCUCCAAACAUAUUCUUUCUUGUUUCGGCGGCGCGGGCGGACAGCACGCCUGCGCGCUGGCACGCUCGCUGGGCAUCAAAACGGUCCUCAUCCACCAAUACAGUUCGAUCCUCUCUGCGUACGGCAUGGCGCUCGCGGACAGAGUGUUCGAACAGCAGGAGCCGUGCUCGGAGAUGUGGGACGGCGCACAGGGUAGUGCGACGACGGCCAGGAUCCAGAAGCGGUUUGUGGAGAUGGAGCAGCGCGUACGCGGGAUACUGAAGGCGCAAGGCUUUGUGGACGAGAUGAUCAAGACCGAGUUGCUGCUCAAUAUGAGGUACGAUGGCACGGACACGGCGCUCAUGACGCUCAAGCCACAAGACGGGUGGGCGUUCGAGAAGGCCUUCGUGACCACUUACAAACAGGAGUUCGGAUUCGUUCUGUCCGACAAGCCAAUCAUUGUGGACGAUAUCCGCGUGCGCGGUAUCGGACGCUCUUUCGAGUCGCUGGGUGAAUCAGUACACGAGGAGCACCAGCGCCUGAUCUAUCGUCCUGCGACGUGGGCCUUGUCGAAGGCAAAUAAGCGCCUGAUCUACUUUGACGGUCAGGGUCGCGUCGAGACGCCCAUUCUGCGCUUGAAGGAUCUUGACGAGGGGGAUAUGGUCGACGGACCUGUCGUGCUCAUCGACGAGACGCAAACCAUCCUGCUUGAACCCAAAUGCAAAGCACACAAGCUGAGCAAGGCGGUGCUGAUUGAUGUGUUGUAUGAUUGAGCCUUUUGAGUUAUGAUGCCAUACUCAUGCAUAAGACAGU